UAAAGGCCUCUUAUCAUAAUUUGUUCUGGGGGAGAAAUUAUUCCUGGAGCAGCAGCAUGACUCUUCCAGGCUCUUCCUAUGUGCUUCUCUUGGGAACCAUCUUCCUCUCUUCAGUCUUCUUUUUACAGGAUGCUUUCAGUGGUGAGGAAUCAGCCUCCACAAAUGCUGCUUUCGAUACAACAGAACGGGAAGCAGAGCAACUUUCAAUGGGAGCACCAUCUAACAGUCUUUAUGGCUCAGCCUGUCAAAUAUGUCACAGUAUUUUUGACCUAGUAUUUUCCAAAAGGUGCCUAGAGAAGUUGGAUGCUAUUGGUACAGAGCUACUCGUUACAAUUAUUGUUUUUUUAAUAUUCCGCCUUUUAAUGCGACACAUUAAAAACACCAAGCCCAGUCAGGACAUGAACAAGAUAGUAAUUGCAUCAGAUCCGAAUAACGACUCGACCCAGAAAAAUCAAGAAAUGCUUGAACAAUUGGUGAAAAACACCCACAAUAUCAAAAAAACCAUGAAGCUGUAUGUUAUGGGACAUUACAGGAAAGAAACGGAAUCUAAAUUAAGGAGAAGAAGAAAGAACUAUGAAACGGAGAGUGAAUGGUUCCUCCCAGUGUGUUCCUGCCAUGAUUCUGGUCAAGACAGUGCAUGAACCUCAAGCCCAGAAAGCUUCCCUCUUACCAUGUUCCAACAUCUUUCAUGUUACAAGCAGUUCUGUCAAUGACACCACAAGUGACCAAAGCCCCAAUGUGGAGCUCAGUAUGCAUUGAGAUGAAAAUUAAAGAUUGUGCUUGGUAGCCUA